AUGGCUGCCCAAGUCUUGACAAACAUGCUUAAGGUGCAUGCAUCGGCAAUUCUAUGGCAAAGAGUUUAUACCAACGGCUAUACCUCCACAGUUGAACUGCGUACCCUAAUAGAACACCACCACUCUCUUCACUUGUGCUUCGAACAAAUUGAGUCAAUACUUUCAACUCUUGGCAAUUCGAUGAUUCCGGACAGGCAGGCCGCAGGCUUCAACUCGAUUGAGAUUCUAAGCCUCAAUGGAUUGGAUUCUCUCAAACCUAUUACAGUUAAAACAUCCAAAAGCAAUGAAAAAGGUACGAAACGUAUUAUAAGAAGUGGUGGGAAGGAACAGGAUGGUGGAAGAAUCAGACUUGGAAAAACUGGAAUACUUGUACAUAGACUCAUAAAGGAAUCUUUCAGGCUCCACCCAGUGACCCCUCUUCUUCUGCCCCAUGAAGCCAUGCAAGAGUGCAUUGUCAACGGUUACCAUAUACCGCGAAAGGCACAAGUUACCAUAAACGUGUGGGCUACUGGGAGAGACCCAAAUGUCUGGAAGGAUGCAGAGGAGUUUAUACCAGAGAGAGGCGUUGCCCUGGAUGCAGCCAGGGCUAUUGACGGUUCGGCUUGUGGUGACACAAUUGGUGCUGCUUUGAUUGGGAGCUGCCGGAGGGCAUGUUGCCAGGGGACUUGGACAUGA